AUGGCUCGAACACAUCGCAAGAUGAAAGGCGAAGUCACGUACUCCUGGGCCAGAGAAGAAGAAACCAACAUCCUCAUUGCCCUCGAAUACCACCCAAAACCCGUGAAGCUGUUCGCGCACCUUCGCCAGAACAUCCCCUUCAUCCAACAAGCCUCUGCUCACCAUUUAGGGCUCCAUGCGCAUUUAUGCCAGGUCGGCGACAUGAAAACUUGGCGGCCUGGGAGCUUCAAUGUCUGCGUGCCGAUAGUUGUUGGCAAAUGCCAAUCGAAACGCAUGCUGAUGCGAUUUCCUCUGUUGCAUCGAGUCGGCGAAUCUUUCCUUCAUCUCUCGACAUCCCAGCAGCCUCAACCUCACCACUCGCACUGCUCAACCAUGGAUCACCCACAGCCAACAGCCCUCUUCUCUUUGCCAAACGAAUUGCUCGAUCAUAUUCUUUCGUUUCUAUCCCCCAAUACCUCGCCGUCCCGUCACAAUCUUCGUGAAAUCCCCGACCACAACAUCUCCGCCUCGCCCACGAGCGACCUGAAGGCUGUUGCCCGCACGGCUUCACGGCUCCGCGCCUUGUCACGUCCCUUUUUGUUCGCCUACUCUCGCUAUGAGCUUCGGGACCAAGACCGGUUUCUAUUAUUUCUCCAGCGGUAUAGUCUAAGCCACCAUGUGCGGUCGCUUGUGAUAUCCGUACGCUCCAUCUUCCCCGGCAGCGAGAAGGCGUUCUGGUGGAGGCAGCUACUGGAACAAGUCGACCCGGAGACAAUCACACUGAUCGCACCGCCGUUUUUCCUUGCGGACAUCGCUCAGGUUAGCUUGGAAGGGACACAUGCGUGGGCGUUUGAUGUGCCACUGCAGAUCCUACAUUUUCGACAGCCACGCCGAAAACGCAUUCCUCGUAUGGGAUCCCCCGCGCAACCACCAACGCCCCCAGAGAAUCCCAUGUCCGAGUCCUUUUUCACCGUUCGGGCCUGGACUGAAAUCCUCUUCAACGAAGGUUCUUCCCUCAAAGCCUACCGGAACUAUGAGUACUAUCUUCUCCGCUUGCCGUCUCUGAUGGACCACUGGGGCUCAGUUGAUCCGCUUCAAAAUGCAACGCUGCCCUACCCAGUAUCGGUCAUUUCCCGCCUAACUUCCUUUCAAUACACCUCCAUAUUCCCAUUUUACAACCAUACCAACUUGGUGCUCAAAGUAAUCCGGAACAUGACAAACCUUCGGUACCUCAGUUUUCAACUAGCACCAUCGCUCCAAAACCUCCGUCGUGUCUUCUCGGAGGAGCAAGAAUUUGGAAGCUUGGAUCCCAACGAUCCCUGGAUGGAGUUGGAUACGGGUUACUCGCUGAUCUCUCAUUCUGUGAGAUAUCUAGGGGUGCAGGGAAAGCUUGAGCGGUUUCGGACGUGGGAUUUCGAGCUGGAAGCGCUAAAGGACGGCAUCGUCGCAAAGAUGAAUGGCCGGCUGCGCGGGCGCUGGAGGCAUGAUGGAACCGGGCUGUGGGUCAAGGACCUUUCUUUUCAGGCAGCCGCUGCGGAUGCGGAGAGCGACUGA